AUGUCAAACAAUCUUCUUAAUGCUGCACUUAAUGCUUUAAUGACUAGCCAAAAUGCUGUUUCGGAAAGCGAAUUUAAAACAAAACAAACCCGAGGUGAUCCUGGUCUUUAUCAACGGGUUGACUUGGCUUCAUUUCAUCAAGUAAAUCUUAUCGGUGGUAAUGUGGGCACUCACUCAGACCAGAAGUUAGAACCCAAACAUCAAGACAUGACGAUUAAUGUGAAAACUCUUACUGGUAGACACAUUCCAGUACCUAUCAGUAGUCUUUCGACCAUUCUAGAAUUGAAAAAUAAAAUUGAAGAUAAAGAAGGUAUUCCACAAGACCAACAACGUUUUAUUUUCGAUGGUAUGCAAUUGGGUGAAUUUAAAACGCUCUCUGACUAUGGUAUCAAAAAUGAAGAUACGGUGCACCUUGUUUUACGUCUUCGUGACGGAGAUCGCAAUGUAAUUAGUUGCUUGAGUUCUGAUUUUUUGGAACCAAGUUAUAAUUAUGAUUUUACAAAUGUUAAUGAUGGAGCAACUGUACAUAUACGUGGUGGUGUUCCUUAUCAACGUCCAUGUGGAUGGCAACGCCAUGCUUUAAAGGUUUCUGGGAAGUAUGAUAAUGGUAAUGACCAAUGGCUUGGUACUGGAGCGAAUGCCUGGCCGGUAUCAUAUCAUGGCACGGCCAAGCAUAAUGCGCAAUCAAUUGCUGAUGCUGGAUCCUUAUUGAGCAAAGAUAAACGUUUUGAUUUUUGUUACGGUAUUUAUACCACACCAAGUGUGAAUGUAGCUGAAUUGUAUGCACCGGAAUUUGAGUUUGGGGGGAAUAAAUAUAUCAUCAUAAUUCAGCAUCGAGUAAAUCCAAAGAACUUGGAAAAGAUUAAAAGUACAACCGGUGCUAAUGAUUGUUGGAUUUCAAAGAGUGGCGAAGAUGUCAGGCCAUAUGGGAUUUAUAAACCAGAUGCUGCUAGAAAAGCAAUUACAACACGUAAUACACUAUUGUUAUUUCAAGAAUCAAUAACUGCGAUAGAAACUUGUUAUAAGCCUGUUAUUGCAGCAAUUCAUAAUGCAUGUAUUGGAAUAGGUGUUACUUUGAUCACAGCUUGUGAUAUUAGAUAUUGUUCACAAGAUGCAUUUUUCAAUAUUGAUAAAUAUGAUUUAAUGCUUGAAACAGGAUCAUGCGAUGUUCUGGGUUUGUAA